AUGGCAGCCAAUCUUCCUCCAGGAUUACUGGAACAAAUCCUCCGACAGCGUGCUGCCCAAGCAGCGUCAGCGGGAAGUACUCAACCAAGUUACGCAUCAACCUUUGGUGGUGGUCCAAGGACUGUACCAUUAUCGUCAUUGUUUGGUAACAAUGCAGGAACCCAACCAUCAGUCCCGCUAUCUUCUUUGUUUGGCCAACCUCAACCCCGGCCUCAACAAGCAUUUAGUACUUACGGUGGUCUGCCUACAGGUACAGGUAUUCCCUCAUCCUACCUCAAUAGUACCAAUACCAACAAUCCAUUCUACAGACCUGGUUCUGGAUUUGGUUAUGGGUAUCCGCCCCCACCGCCUUCGGUCCCAUCAAAUAUCUCAUACGGAAGGAAUGGCCAGAGAUUCGAUCCUUCUCAAGGUUUUCCACCACCAGAUUGGUUCAUCAACGAUACUAACAAUACUCCCAGCAGAACUGGCUGGGGAAAUAUUGGUACUGGUGGUAUAAACACUGGAUUCGGCACCAGCACCAACGCUAAUUCGCCUCAUAGUGCCUAUUGGAGUUCGGCAUUACCACCUACCGUAUCCCGUCUUCAGAAUGGUCCCACGACCAUCGGAGGGGCAUUUCAGAGUUAUAUUUCGGAAUUGAAGAAAGAUGCGAUAGGUACUCUGAAAGGGAGUGAACAGGUUAUAAGCCAGAAAUCACAAUCACAAGAGAAAUUGAGUCAAUACAUCUCUGAAACAACGACGAAUAUCAUGAGUGCACUGAGUAGGAAUGCUAAUGUCGGUGGAGGUGCUGUUUUGAAAGCUUUGAGGGAGUUGGAAGAGGUUAGACAAAAGCAAGAUCUAGUUAGUGGAGAAAUUGCGAAUGAACGCAACGUAAAGACCCAAGCGAUAAGCAGGGUCAAUGAGCUGCUCAGUACAGAGGUGGAAUUUACCAAAGGAGAACUGAGUAAGGAAGAAGCUUUGAAGAGAAGUAGAGAAUGGGGUAGUACGUAUUUAGGUAGAAAUACCAAUGGCGUAACAUGGUCAACAUGGGAUGAUUAUCUUACUUCGGCAACAGGAACGAGAUCCCAAUUGAACCCAUUCUUGAAAAGGAAUGAGUUGCGAAAUCAAGCUCAACAACAGCAGACACAAGGAUCGGGAUCUUCGUUCUUCGGUAAUGGCAACGGUAGUAAUCCAUUUUCGAGGUUUUUCAAUAGGUCUAAUCCUACACAAGCUCAAAGUGGUUAUAGUGGGUUAUGA